GGCCUUCAUCCAAUAAUGCAGAGGUGUGAGAGCCACGAAUCUGAGGUCCAGCGGAGCCCCUCAUUGGACAGCGCAGAGUCAGAAUUCACCCGGGCGGCCCAUCGGGGUCACCGCCUGGCUGUGGGGGCCUUCUACGGCUCCCGGGGGUCAAAUGUCAAAGAUCAAACGGCACAGAGUGACGGUGUCGUGGUCGCUGUCCCACCUGUAGGGAAGCCUCAGGAUAAGCGCGUGUCUACCGGUGGGAAGUACGUUGUGUUUUACCUGGACUUGUCGUUUGUGUUGCUCCUAGAGUUCGAGAAGCUGAAGAUGGCUCGUGGAUGCCUGUGCUGUGUCAAAUACAUGAUGUUCCUCUUUAACCUGCUGUUCUGGUUGUCGGGCUGCGGGUUGUUAGGUGUGGGCAUAUGGCUGUCUGUUUCUCAGGGCAGUUUUGCCACCUUCUCCCCCUCCUUCCCCUCCCUAUCAGCCGCCAAUCUGGUCAUUACCUUGGGCUCUGUCAUCAUGGUCACGGGCUUUCUUGGUUGCCUCGGUGCCAUCAAGGAGAACAAGUGCCUGUUGCUGAGUUUCUUCAUUGUUUUGUUGAUCAUUCUGCUGGCAGAGCUUAUUAUGCUCAUCCUUUUCUUCGUGUACACGGACAAGGUGAGCGAGAACGCUAAGCAGGAUCUGAAAGACGGCCUGAGGCUCUACAACACGGACAAUAACAUCGGCCUCCGCAACGCCUGGAACAUUAUCCAAGCUGAGUGGCAGUGUUGUGGUGUUACUGGGCACACAGACUGGCAUGAUGCCCUGCAGGAGAAAACAGUUCCAGACAGAUGCUGCCAGGAACACUACAAAGAGUGCGGUCGCAACGCCACUAACGUCUUCUGGUCACAGGGUUGCUAUGAGAAGGUUGAGGAAUGGCUAAAUGACAACAAACAUUUGCUCGGAACCAUCGCGAUGUGUGUGCUGGUCUUACAGCUGCUCGGGAUGGCAUUCUCCAUGACUUUGUACCAGCAAAUCCACAGGGCGGGAAAGAAGUAUGAUGCCUAGAGGAAACCCAGUGUUACACGA